AUGUUGCAUGAUUCUACGGAUGAUGAUGAUGAUGAAGCCGUCGGUGAUUUCGAAAGAGGUGCAGUUGGCCAUCAGCCGGUGUCACCAAAUCGUUCGGGUCCUUUAUCAGCUCGACCAGUAACACCAUAUCAGACGACCUCAUAUCCCACAACAACAACAAGUUCACCAUUACUACCACCUAAAUCAGCCAAUGUCGAUCAUUUACCGCCAACAGGAAAAGCAUCACCAAUCCAUCAUCCAAAUGUACCAAGUCAUGUACAUCCAUCACCAAUGCCAAUACAUCGAAUAUUACCUAGUUUACCAACGACCUCAUUUAUUGAAUCACCAGCAUUAUGUGUACGUUCAUCAACACAGGCCACUUUUCAACAGGACGCCACUCAACCAUCGACAGUUCUCAAAGCUGAAACACAUAGUUUGAGGAGUGCGGAUUCCACUGGAUCUUCAGAAGAACCAACACAUCCAUCAUUACAACCACAGCUACCAAAUGUCGUACGAAGUCCAGAUCAUGCAUUGAUCAAUUCGAAACACCGUUCAGUACAUGGCCAUCCAUCAGUAUCAAGUACUGGUACAACACUGUCGAGUACUACUGGUGUGCCCAUUGAUCGUGUGCCAUCCCCGUCGCCUUCGUUAUUGAGUGAACGUGAACGUGAAGAAAGUGACCGUGUCGAACGUGAAUUAGAAUUCAAACGAAAACGUUUACAAAUCUACGUCUUCAUUUGUCGUUGCAUUGCGUGUCCAUUUAAUUCAAAACAGUCGUCAGAUAUGGCACGAAAGCAUUUGAAAGUGACUCUCAUUCAAUAUGGAGUUAUCAAAGAAAGAUUCUUAUCUUUUCUCAAUGGAAAAACCCAUAUUGAAGCUGAUGAAGCUUUUAUCAAUGCUGUUCGUUCAUAUUACGAAGUCUUUUUGAAAAGUGAACGUGUGGCCAAGAUGGUCCAAUCCGGUGGUUGUUCUUCAGAUGAUUUUCGUGAUGUAUUUCGUAUCAAUAUCGAGAAACGUGUGCGAAACUUACCUGAUAUUGACUCAUUAAAAAUAAGCAAAGACACGGUGCUUACUCUAUGGAUGUCAAAAUUUGAUGCUAUCUACCGUGGCCAAGAUCAAGAUCAAGAUAAUCCGAAUCGUCGUCUAUCAAAAUCGAAUUACAUGUCAACGACAGCGGAAUUAAUUAUGAGCAAAGAACAAUUAUACGAUAUGUUUCAGAAUAUUUUGAAUAUUAAAAAAUUUGAGCAUCAAAUGAUUUUCAAUAGCGCUCAACUUGACAACAACGACGAACAAGCUGCUACUAUUCGUCGUGAACUCGACGGACGAAUGAAACAAGCUGAGUCACUGCAGCGACAACGAGGUUUGAUGCCAAAAUUUGUACAUAAAGAAAUGGACACAUUGUAUGUUGAUGAACUAAAAAAGACGAUCAAUGAUCUUAUGGGUAAUUUGGAAAGUUUACCCGUACGCGGUGGCUCCGAACAAAAGCAAUUACGACCGCGACGUGGCCCAGGCCAUGGCCGCCUUACAAGUGCUGGCAGCAAUCCAUUGUCAGGUGGCAAAUCUGCGACAAGACCAGCUAAUGAUGAUGGCACCAAUCAUUUAGACGACAAUGAACCGGGACUAUCCAAAUUAGCAUUUGUAUUAAAUUUUAAUGUGAAUAUCACAGUGAAGGAAGUGCGUGGAUUGAAAUCUGUGCCAUCAAAUCGUAUUGUUUAUUGUACGAUGGAAGUGGAUGGUGGUGAAAAAUAUCGAACUGAACAUGCCGAAGCAGGAAAACCUGUUUGGGAGUCUUUAGCUGAAUUUCCUACGAAUUUAAUCCUACCCAUUGUUAAAGUGAAACUUUAUAUGGAAAAUCCAGGGAUACUUAGUUUAGACGAUAAUAAACUUGGCAAAGUGACACUACAAAUCGAUCCAACAUUUAACAAAACCAAUUGGUGGACGGAUAUGCUUAAAAAUAAAAGUACAUCUACAGAUGAAUUAAAAGUUAAAUUAGAUGUACGAAUGGAAAAACCACAGAAUCUUAAAAUGUGUGGUUGGUGCUAUGCUCGUGGAAAAAAUGUUUGGAAGACAUGGAAGCGGCGAUACUAUGCACUAGUUCAGGUUUCGCAAUAUUGGUUUGCUAUAUGUAGUUAUCGUGAAAAGAAAUCUGAACCUACCGAAACCAUGCCCCUCGAAGGUUACACAGUUGAUUAUGCUGAACCAGACAACGGUUUGGUGAUGCACGAUGCGAAAUAUUUUUUUAAAGCUGUACGUGAAGGUGACGUUGUGACAUUUGCAACAAAUGAAGAGAAUGAACGUCAUAGUUGGGUACAAGCACUAUAUCGUGCUACUGGUCAAUCACAUAAACCGACACCACCGGUAACGGCGACAAACAAAGCAAGUCAAGGUGCUGUUGGAUCUACUGCAAAAGAUCCAGUUGACGCAGAUCGAUCGAAAAAGCUGGGCUUUGACGAAUACAUUCAAAGUGAUCCAUGUAAAUUUGACCAUCACGAUUUUUUCAAAGCAUUACAAUCAGCAACAUUGGAUUACCGGUUGAACGAUCCAUAUUGCUCAUUAGGUUGGCUAAGUCCUGGACAAAGUUACAUCCUAGAAGAAUAUUGUUCUCGAUAUGGUGUUCGUGGUUGUGUGCGGCAUUUAUAUUAUUUAAAUGAUUUACUUGAUCGAGCUGAACAAGGAUUUAUGGUUGAUCCACAAUUGAUUCAUUAUAGUUAUGUAUUUUGUGCUUCACAUGUCUCAGGAAAUCGACCUGAUAAUAAUGUAACGACGAUUACAAUGGAGGAGAAAGAUCGUUUCAAUGAAAUAAAAGAUCGUCUGAAAGCGUUUCUCGAACAUCAAGUAACCAAUUUUCGAUAUUCAUUUCCAUUCGGUCGGCCAGAAGGUGCAUUGAAAGCGACAUUGAGUUUACUGGAACGUGUUUCAUCAAAAGAUGUAGCAACACCGAUUUCUCGUGACGAGAUACGAAAUUUCAUUGGAAAAUGUUUGGAAAAUGCUGCUUAUAUCAACUAUACUCGUGUCUCCGACCAAGCAAAGAUUGAAGAAACGGUUUACAAUAGUGAUGAUUCGCCGCGAAAGAAAAUCGACGAUUUAAUUCAUCUAGCUGAACUGUGCAUUGAAUUGUUACAACAAGAUGCUGAACAUUAUCAAGAAGCAUUUCAACAAUAUCGUGAAUUGUUAGUCGAACAUGAAGAAAUCUUCUGGUCGUUAUUCGCUGUUGACAUGGAACAUGUCAUCGAUCAACAGCCAAUUGAAAGUUGGGAUUCAUUUCCAUUGUUUCAAUUGUUAAAUGAUUAUCUUCGAGGACAUAAAUCUCUAGCAUUAGGUCGAUUUCAUCAGCAAUUACGUGAUACAUUUGCUCCAUUGGUUGUUCGUUAUGUUGAUUUAAUGGAAUCGUGUAUAGCUCAAUCGAUACAUAAAGGUUUCGAAAAGGAAAACUGGAAAAUGAAAACGCAUGGAUGUGCAACAAGUGAAGAUAUUUUAUGGAAACUUGAUGCUUUACAAGAUUUCAUUCGUCAUCUACAUUGGCCGGAUGAAAUCUUUGGCGAACAUUUAGAAAAACGAUUAAAACAAAUGGCUUCAGACAUGAUCGAAGCAUGCGGGAAAAGAGUAUGGCGUCAUUUCGAAGCAUGGAUGAAAAAGGGCGGGUUAAUUAGUGGAACGAGUUCCGAUUAUCUUCUCCCAGCUGAAUGUUGUGUUAUGGUGAAUGUUAUCCUUGAUUGUAAAGCUCAAGCUUUAAAACUAUGUGCAUUGAAUAGUGGCGAUCUUCAUCAAUAUCACACACGUAUUGAUGAAUAUUUAGAGAAAAUUCUUAAAGAUAUGUCGAAAGCAUUAAUACAAAAAUUAAUCAGUGCUCUUGAUUCUGUUUUCAAAAAACUUGCGCGUUAUGAUGAAGGAACAUUCUUUGCUCAAAUACUUUCAUUAGCAAAACCAAUCAAUGAAGAUGGUCAAGCAUAUGUUUCAUGUGUGAAUACGAAUCUCGAACAACUACGGCAGAAAAUAAGUGAUGAAAUAUUCACAUUGAAUAUUUUCGAAGAAUGGUAUCGACAACAAACACAGUACAUUUUCAUUUGGUUGGGCGAACGAACAGAAAUCAGUCUUCAUCCAUAUCAACUAGCUUGUUUAAUGUUGAUAGCUAAAAAAACUCGCGGAAGUUUUGAAUUGCAAGGUGUGCCAGAAAAAGAUUUGAAUUCUCAAUUAUACAGUAGUAUCAUGCAAAGAUUACACUUCGAAGAAACAGCCAAUGCUGUUAAAUUGAAUCAAAUGAGUGGUCAAACAAUCAUUGAAUAUCGGACAACGUGGAAUAAUGAAUUGUUCUUCAAACAUCGAGGUACUUGUCGAUUGGCACGACGUUUGAUUCGUAAAAGUGUUUUGAUUAAUCAAACACGAAUAUAUCGACAAUUGCAAUACACGGAAAAUGAUUUAGCAAAAGAGUUACGAAAGGUACUGCGUGAUCGCGAUUUAUUGCAUGGAUAUUGUCAAUCAACUUCGUUAUCGGAUGGUUUGCAAAAACGAUUGAAAGUUUUACAAAAUGAAAUUGAUAAUUACAACCGUCAGAUAAAGACUCUUGUCAAACAAGAGAAAAACUAUUGGAAACAAUUGGAACAAACAAUUCUCAAACGAACAAAAUCAAACUGCGCAACUAUUCCACCACCUACGAAAGUUAAUAAUGCAACAUUCGUUACAUAUGCUGAUAAAAACAACGAAAAUCGACCACCAACUAAUGGUAACACUAGUCAAUCCAAUGAGAAAAGCCCUGUAAAAGUAAUGAGAAUUCGUAAGAAGAAAAAAGGUACAACCUAG